GAGGCUGCUGCGGACUGCAGUCGCGGGACCCGUGGCAGUUCUGAGCGGGCCCAGCAAGCGUUGGCCGCGGACAUGACGCCUGAGGACCAGGAGGAGACCCAGCUGCUCCCGCGGCCGUCCAGCGGGAGUGUUCCCCGCGGCCGCCGCGUCUUCCUCGCCGCUUUCGCCGCUGCCCUAGGCCCGCUCAGCUUCGGCUUCGCGCUCGGCUACAGUUCCCCGGCCAUCCCGAGCCUACGGCGCGCCGCGCCCCCGGCCCCACGUCUCGACGACGCCGCCGCCUCCUGGUUCGGGGCCAUCGUGACCCUGGGGGCCGCGGCGGGGGGCGUACUGGGCGGCUGGCUAGUGGACCGCGCCGGGCGCAAGCUGAGCCUUCUGUUCUGCACCGUGCCCUUCGUGACCGGCUUUGCCGUCAUCACCGCCGCCCAGCACGUGUGGAUGCUGCUGGGGGGCCGCCUACUCACCGGCCUAGCCUGCGGCAUUGCCUCGCUAGUGGCCCCGGUCUAUAUCUCCGAAAUUGCCUACCCAGAAGUGCGGGGGCUGCUCGGCUCCUGUGUGCAGCUGAUGGUCGUCAUAGGCAUCCUCCUAGCCUACCUGGCAGGCUGGGUCCUGGAGUGGCGCUGGCUGGCCGUGCUGGGCUGUGUGCCCCCCUCCUUCAUGAUGCUGCUCAUGUGCUGCAUGCCCGAGACCCCACGCUUCCUGCUGACUCAGCACAAGCACCAGGAGGCCUCGGCCGCCAUGCAGUUCCUGUGGGGCCCUGAGCAGGGCUGGGAAGAGCCCCCUGUCGGGGCUGAGCACCAGGGCUUCCAGCUGGCCGAGCUGAGGCGUCCUGGCAUCUACAAGCCCUUCGCCAUCGGCGUUUCACUGAUGGUCUUCCAGCAGCUGUCGGGGAUCAACGCGGUCAUGUUCUAUGCAGAGACCAUCUUCGAGGAGGCCAAGUUCAAGAACAGCAGCUUGGCCUCCGUCAUCGUGGGCGUCAUCCAGGUGCUGUUCACGGCCAUGGCGGCCCUCAUCAUGGACAGAGCUGGGCGGAGGCUGCUCCUGGCCUUGUCAGGUGUGGUCAUGGUGGUCAGCGCCAGUGCCUUUGGCGCCUACUUCAAGCUGACCCAGGGUGGCCCCAGCAACUCCUCGCACGUGGACCUCCUGGCACCCAUCUCCACGGAGCCUGCUGAUGCCAGUGCAGGGCUGGCCUGGUUGGCGGUGGGCAGCAUGUGCCUCUUCAUUGCUGGCUUCGCUGUGGGCUGGGGGCCCAUCCCCUGGCUCCUCAUGUCUGAGAUCUUCCCUCUGCACGUCAAGGGCGUGGCCACCGGCAUCUGUGUCCUCACCAACUGGCUCAUGGCCUUUCUGGUGACAAAAGAGUUCAGCAGCCUCAUGGAGGUGCUCAGGCCCUACGGUGCUUUCUGGCUCGCAUCCGCCUUCUGCAUCGUCAGUGUCCUUUUCACUUUGUUCUGUGUCCCUGAAACCAAAGGAAAGACUUUGGAGCAAAUCACAGCCCAUUUUGAGGGGCGAUGACAGCCCCUUCCCGAGAGCAGCUGCCCCUCCUAGCUGGGCCAGUUUGGGCUUCAAAGCCUGCCUGUGACUUGGAGCUGGGCCCCAGCCAGAGGCCAGAGCACCUGCCCAUCCCGAGCCAGGAUCCAGGACCGAAGCCCCUCGAAGCCUUGUCCUCCGGGUCCCUCCUUCCUGCCGAGCCCUCUACAGCCCCAUGAGCCACGGGCAUGAGGCUCCCAGCCCCGGGCCACUUCCCACCACUGCUCUGAGACUGGGUAGAAGGGUACAUCUCCGAGGGUCUUCGCUACCCUUUGGCCAGUCCUCCACGUGCUGUCGCUGUCCUGACACUAAAGUGACAAUGGAGGAGGGACUCCUGGCUCCUCCCUUUCUGGAGGAGGUGCUUUUGGAGGCUGGUGGUAGCCCAUGGUCUCCUCACAGGGCUGCAUCAUCAAGAAGGAACUUUGUUUGCCAAAUAAAGAUUUG